AACCGAUCGUCGCGGAGAACACAACGCUCGUGGAGAAUGACAGCCAAGAUGAAGUUGCGGUCCCAGCUGCAUCUGCUCACUGGUUUCAUGGCGGGAUUCGUGCUGGCCUUCGUGCUGCUCCUCUACGUGUACGAUGUCAGCAGGGUGACGCCCUGCUGGAGCAGCACCUCCACCAUGUCCACGGCCACAACGGCCAGGAUUGAGGAUGAUCCACCACCGCGCGUUCUGUGCAUGGUGCUCACCUGCCCGGAGAACGUGCAGAGCCUGGCCAGCAGUGUCUACGAGACCUGGGGCAAGCGCUGCAGCCGCCUGAUCUUCGCCAGCAGCGAGGACUACAAGCCACUGGGCGUGGUCGGGGUGGUGGAGCCAGCAGGCGGUGGCUACGAGGAUCUGUGGAACAAAACGCGCGAGGGAUUCCGCCACGUUUGGGAGAACUACGCUGGCGACUACGAUUGGUUCCUCAAGGCGGACGACGAUACGUACGUGGUCAUGGAGAAUCUGCAGCACCUGCUCCGUGGCUUCGAUCCGGAUACGCCCGUCUUCUUCGGCUACAAGAUGUCGCGAUACAAUGUGAGUUAUAUGUCUGGCGGAGCUUCGUACAUUCUGAGUCGUGAGGCACUCCAUAGAUUUGCAACACAAGCCUAUGAAUCUGAGGUGAUUUGCCCGCAGCCGAAAAAGAUGGGCAUCGAGGACUUUUACAUGGGAAUUUGUAUGCAGAAUGUGGGCGUCCACUUCGUCGACUCCACACAGGCUUUGGAUGGAGACACGAAGCCAAAGUUUAUGCCCCUGGAUCUGGAGAACUACAUGUCGGAUGCGAAUUACACCAUUCCGGAGUGGCUGCGCCUCAUGAGUCUAUCUCGAGUUGAAACGGGCUUGGCAUGCUGUUCCAACUACUCGGUGGCCUUUCAUUAUGCCAGUCGAGAACGCAUGUUACUCUACGAGUUUCUAAUCUAUCAUCUGAAAGUUUUAGAUCCUAACCAGAUUUCAGAACGCGGACACAGAAGUCGAUUAACUUUAUCUGAUUUAAAGAGAAGAUUUCCACUGGAAGAUAACUCCAAUAUAAAAGACUUGCUGCAAAUGUCUGAGAAACCUGAUAAUUUCUAGAUGCUUUUUUGUGUUUUUUGGCUUAAGUUAUUACGAUUGUGAUAUGAACUAAUGAAUAUGUUUAUGAUAUUUUUGUUAAACUACGAUGUUUGUUUAUAUGGGGUUUAAUAACUCGGUCACGAACUCGGUAUUAGAAGUAUUUUUGGCAGCGUUCCCCACAAUGGGAACCACUGUGCAAUGCAAAAGCCUACUCAAAAAACAGAGCAGAAAAAUCUUUUGCCUACUUUUAGGCAUUUUGAAGAAGGCUUGUGCGAUAAAAAAUGGCCACACGAAAAUAAUAACAGUAUCCGCCGUGUCAAAUCAACCGUUUUUUACAUUAGUUAAUAUGUAAUUAAAGAAUAGUGACUAUGAAAAUAUAUUCAAUUAAGUUGGAUAAUUUCUAUUA